CGCGAAGCUCGGAGGACUUAAAAAUGGAGAUCAUCCGAGCAACUUGUGGCGGUUUCCAUCGUUAUAACUUCAAAUUGCUGCAGCCAUUAUCGGUUCAUCAUCCUCCAUUUCGAAGAAGUGCUCCAGCUACUGACUUAAUCCUAUCCACUAAGCCCAAACUCCGUCAUCAGAAAUCCACUGCGUGCGCACUUCUUGAAGAUAGAGAUUCGGAUUCCGCAGCCAAGAGCGCAAAUGCAGAUGUGUCGUUGCUAGUGAAGAAAAGGGCAUCUGAGGUAUCACAUGAUUUGAAAGGAACUUCUUUAUUUCUUGUUGGGAUCAAUAGCUCCAUUAAAUCCAACUUGGGGAAGCAUCUUGCAGAUGCACUCAGAUACUACUAUAUUGACAGUGAUAGUGUAGUUGAAGACUCUGUAGGAGGAAAGGCGGCUGCAGCAUCAAUUAUAAAGACAGAUAAGGAGGGAUUUCAGGAUUCAGAGACAGAGGUGCUGAGGCAGUUGUCGUCCAUGGGUCGGCUUCUUGUUUCUGCUGGGAGUGGUGCAGUUCGGUGUUCAACAAACCUGGCACUUUUAAGGCAUGGAAUAUCUAUAUGGAUCGAUGUUCCUUUAAAGUUGGUAGCCAGGGAGGUUGUGGAAGAUAAAGUUCAACUCUCUGCAUUUGAACUUUCAAUUACUGGAGAAUCUUAUUCUGAGGUUUUGGCUCAGAUGGCUGCCCUUUUGGAAGAAAGGCGGAGUGGAUAUGCAACAGCUGAUGCAACCGUCUCACUCACAAAAGUAGCUUCCCGGUUGGGAUAUGAGGAUCUGUGUUCAGUAAGUACUGAAGAGUUGUGUUUGGAGGUUCUGAAGGAGAUAACUAAGCUCUUGAGGCUAAAGAAAAUGAUUGAAGAAGCUGCCAGGCCAUUUUAGUUUUGAGUUUUGCUAUACCCUUCCAAGUUCCGUCGACCCUGAAUUUGGUCCUACAAUAUCAUUUUGUUAUGCAAUUCAAUCAUCUGUGACCAGUUACCAAAACGAAAAUCUGUUGUACAUUGAUGUAUCUCUACAUAAAAAUGAGGGCAGUUUUGAACUUGGGACCCAUUUGAUAUUUUGAUGUGGUUAGAUUGACUGAAUGCCCUGAUUUUGAGGAUGUUGGGUUAUUUCGAUGUUCUGAAUGAAUUAGGUGAUAACAGGCAGGACUAGCCGACUAGGUGAAUAAUAAAUAUGAUUUUCUAUCUUCUCCGGAAUCUCCGCAAGUUGUGUUUGUCCAAAUGGGACACUUGUAGGCCCAAAGAAGGAAAUCAAGAUAAGGAUCAAUGCGAUGAUGCGUACACUGGUCGAUUACCCAAAUUCAUUCCAAGAACAAUUGCGCAUCUGAGUUUUUCGCUUAUAAGAACACUUCUAUUACUAUCAAGAAUCACCAUCGAUGGAGAAUUGUUACAAUGUUACCCAUGCUGUAUAAUUAGGAGAGUUCUUUGUAUUUGAAC